UUAAUUUCUCAUUUAGUUCCUUUUAACGUUAACUUCCAUCUCCUUAAAUUCGAGACUCAUCAUCAUCGCUACCUAAUGAAAGUAAAACCCCUCUUCAGACAUUAAAGAAGGCAGUAGAGAAACCCGUUCACACUCACCAAGGAUAUUUCUGAAGGUGAUUAGGGCUAGGGUUUCGUCUUGGAGUAAAGUUAAUUUAUCUCAAGAUGCAGCAGCCACCACAAAUGAUUCCUAUGAUGCCUUCAUUCCCACCUAACAACAUCACUACUGAACAGAUUCAGAAGUACCUUGAUGAGAACAAGAAGUUGAUCUUGGCAAUUUUGGACAAUCAAAAUCUCGGAAAACUCGCUGAAUGUGCACAGUAUCAAGCUCAGCUGCAAAAGAAUUUGAUGUACUUAGCUGCAAUUGCGGAUGCACAACCACAAACAACACCCACAAUGCCUCCGCAAAUGGCACCACAUCCUGCAAUGCAACCGGGGGGAUAUUUUAUGCAACAUCCUCAGGCUGCCGCAAUGGCGCAGCAGCCCGGUAUGUUCCCUCAGAAGAUGCCAUUUCAAUUCAACAACCCGCAUCAAAUGCAGGAUGCACAGCAGCAGCAGCAGCUACACCUGCAGCACCAACAAGCCAUGCAAGCUCAAAUGGGAAUCAGACCUGGAGGGCAUUCCAAUAAUGGCAGGCAUCCCAUUCAAGCUGAGGCUAAUCUUGGAGGUAGUAGCAGUGGCGGUCCCUCUUCAGCUUCGGGCCCAAACGAUGGACGUGGUGGGAACAAGCAAGAGGGAGUUGAAGCUGGUGUUGGUGGACAGGGCAGCACAGCUGGUGGGCAUGGUGAUGGAGCAGACGAGGCAAAGUAAUUGCCCCCUUAAGUUGUUUUGAUCCGAUACUCUGGAUGUUGAUAGUAGGUCUCUCUUACUAUACUUGUACUGCUCCGGUAAUCUUUCGAUAGACCGACAGUUUUCUUUAUUGCUAUCAGUUUUAACAGUUUUAGGUAAACUUCUGUUGGGGGGUUCUUGACAUGCCAAUGAAUCAAAAACAGCUAGUUUUAGUUGUAAAAGGGGGAAAACUUAAAGCUUGUGGUGUCUACCUCCAUGGAUGUUUUGUAAUAACAUUUAAAGCUUGCUGCGUGUAUCCGAA